AUGUCCACUUUAGACAAGUCCUUAGACGAAAUCAUCUCCUCCACCAAGAAGACCAGAAAGGUCGCCCCCAAGGCUGGCAAGGCCAACAAGGUCGGCAAGAAGAUCGGUAGCCUGAACAAGAAGCCUAUCGUCUCCUUCAAGAAGUCGCCAGCAGUGGUCGCUGCCACCAAGGCCGCCACUCUCGACUUAUCUGCCGCCAACAAGGUGGUUGUGUACAACUUGCCUCGUGACUUGAAGCAAGACAACAUCAAGGAUUUCUUCCAAUCUCAAGUCGGUGGUGUUCAGACUAUUUCUCUUAACUACAACGAAAAGGGCCAAUUCAAGGGUAUUGCCACCAUUAUUUUCAAGACUAACAAGUCUGCCAGCUUGGCAGUGGAGAAGUACAACGGUGCCCCUAUCGAUGGUGGUUCUUCCAAGUUGAAGUUGGAGUUGAUCAUCGAUCCAUCCAAGAAGACUUUGGCCUCGAGAAUCACCGCCAACCCAACCGUCAACCCUAAGGUGGCUGCUGCUAAAAAGCAGCUCAAGGCCAUCAAGGCUGUCAAGGCCAAGCAGGGUGUCAAGCCAGCUGCCAAGCCAGCUGCCAAAAAGAAGCCUGUCAAGAAAACCAAAAAGACCGUUGAGGAAUUGGACCAAGAGAUGGCCGACUACUUUGACAAUUAG